AUGGAUAUAUCACUCGCAGACAUUGCUCCAGUCACCCUCCUAUUCGCGCCCAGCAUGCGCGAUGUACACCUUGCCUUUGACGACACCUCAAAGCCUGUCUCCCAAACAGCUCUUUCCCCGGUUGCAUCUGCCUUAUUUGAUGAGCUCUUCAACGUAGCCGGGCCGCACCUGACCGAGCUGUGGCUGUUCCGGCGGUUCCCACUCGCCCCUUCGCGCAUAUCCGCCUUCGAAGCCUGUCGCAAUCUACGCCAUCUACUCCUUGUCGACUUGGACACGGUUUUCGACAUCCGUGGUAUCCGCCUUCUCGAGCAGCUUGGACCUCUUCUUUCGCUGGCACUAACAAUCCGGCUGGACGACUCUCAAUCAGCGGUCACGGAACUUCACCUGGACACAGGGUUCCCCGCGUUGACCGGGCUAUGGGUAUGUGGCAGCGCCCCCGAUGUCGCCAAGUUCGUGCCCGCGGCCCGUCCCGUUGCGCUGCACACCUUCGAUAUGACCAUCACGGGCUCGACGGACAUGUCUAGUCUGCAGCGAUGCUCAGCCGACGUGGGCGCCCACCUUCCCCGAACUGUACGCGAGUUUCGCCUGGCCGCCAAAGACGUCUCGCGUCGAACCCCCACGGCAUCGCUCGGAGACCUCCUUAGACCGUUCUACCCGCAGAAACGCAUGCGGUCGGUUACAUUCGACCUCGACGACCAUGUCCCGCAUACAUCUGACGACGACCUCCGGGAGCUUGCGCAGGCGUGGCCGCGGCUAGACUAUAUCAGGGUCGGGGGCGGGGCGGUGGUACAUCCAGACGUUCGCAUCCUAGCAGCGCUUCGCCGCCCGACUGUCCGCGGCCUUGUCGAAUUGGCGCAGCACUGUCCACGUAUUCGGGCGAUUGACCUCCCUGUCCUCGACACAACGCAUCUGCCCUCACGGGACACUAUCCCCGUACUCGGCCGCAUCCGAGCGAAGCACCUCCGCCUCUCGUGGGUCUCGUCGACCGACAAGCGCAUGCACUUUGACUUGGCGGUGCUGCUGGACAGGCUGUUCCCGAACCUCGAAGGCAUCACGAUUGCAGCCGCUGGUCAAGAGGUGCCGGGGAAAAAGAUGUACCAAAUUCUGGAGGCGAUGCAGAUGGGGCGCAAGCACGCCCGGUUACUCGGAAAGGAUCGGGGCACAGGGAUGCUCGCAUCGGGGGAGGGGGAUGAAGGCGAUGAAGAUGAAGAUGAAGAUGACGAAGACAGGGAAGAAGAGGAUGCGACUCAGGGGUGUUCUGACACGGCAACCAUCCGAGUAGCCUAG